AUGGCUAAAAAUUCAAUCUUAUUUAAGUUAGUUAGUAGCGCAGGUACUGGUUUCUUCUACCUCGCCAAGAGAAACGCUAAAGCUGAAGUUAUUAAGAAACUUAGUUUGAGAAAAUUCGAUCCAAUUAUUAAUUAAUAUGUAGUAUUUAAUGAAGCUAAGCUCUCUUCUGGUAAAAAUAGACAAUCAAAGAAAUGA